GGAAGGGAAGUCGAUACACAAAGUAGCUGGAGUGGAAAGGGAGUGAGACAGGGUGGAGGACUGAUCUCCAGUGGGGUUAUGGGAGGUGUUUUCCUUGGUUUUAUACACAGAUGCAUGUGAGCGGAUGAAGACCCAUGACUGUCUGAUCCCCUUGUCCUGGCUGGGAGUUCAGGAAGGGCACGCGGCUAGAAGCCAAGAGACUUGAGUUGACUUCAGCCUUGCAGCUUUCUAGCUCUGUGACUCAGGAAAGGUCACUUUACCUUUUGCUUUUCAUUUCCUAUAAUCAUCACCUGCCCUCAAGGGCUGUUAUCAGAUUGGAUGUAAUAAUAUGAAAAUACUAAGCCUUAGAUAAAUGUGGUUGAACCUGUUUAUCUUUUUUUUUUAUUAAUUGAGUUUUCUAAAUUGUAUCAACACAGAUCACUUGUGUUAUGCUUUCUUGCCUUCUCCUUGCUGCAGUUAAAAGCUAAAAUGGAAGUACAGAGGAGGGGUCCUGGUGGGCGAUCAUCACACCUGCAGCAUUGAGCAGAGCCCCCGGAACAAUCUCCCGGAAGUGAGCACUCCUACUCCAGCUGGACUUUGCCGCUGUGUGCACACCUCAGGGCCUGAAGUUUAUGGCUCCCACCUGCUCAGCCGGACAGGAAGCAAGGUCUCCUCCCCAACUCUGCCCACCCCACACGGUCAAGGGAAGGAUUCCAGGAAACCCCAUCUCCCUGUGACCUCAUGGGAAAGAGGGUUCAUGUGGACUGAGGCAGAGGCCUGAGAGGACGGGCUGGGGAAGACACCGUGAUGCCCACGACCCCCUCCCACAAAGGGGCCAUCUGUUCCAAGUGCAAAGGGCCCCUGGAGGAUGCAGUGACCACCGCCUGCGGACACACCUUCUGCCGGCUGUGCCUUCCUCCACCCUCCCAGAUGGGGGCCCAGCCCUCCGGCAGGGUCCUUCUCUGUGCCGUCUGCGAGGAGAAGGAGCCAAGCGAGACCCUCCUGGCCCCCGUGCCCCUGGGCCCUCUCGGGGAGACUUACUGCGAGGAGCACGGCGAGAAGAUCUACUUCUUCUGCGAGAAUGAUGCCGAGUUCCUCUGCGUGUUCUGCCGGGAGGGUCCCUCGCACCAGGCCCACGUCGUGGGCUUCCUGGACGAGGCCAUCCAGCCUUACCGGGACCGUCUCAGGAGUCGGCUGGAAGCUCUGAGCACGGAGAGAGAUGAGAUUGACGACAUGAAGAGCCGGGAAGACCAGAAGCUCCAAGUGCUCCUGACUCAGAUUGAAAGCAAGAAGCAGCAGGUGGAAGCGGCUUUUGAGAGGCUGCAGCAGGAGCUGGGGAAACAGCAGCGCCUCCUGCUGGCCAGGCUGACGGAGCUGGAGCGGCAGAUAUGGAAGGAGAGGGAGGAGUAUCUCUCCAAACUCUCUGAGGAAGUGGCCCGGCUGGGAGCCCAGGUCAAGGAGCUGGAGGAGAAGUGUCAGCAGCCAGCAAGCGAGCUUCUGCAAGAUGUCAGAGUCAACCAGAGCAGGUGUGAGAUGAAGACUUUUGUGAGUCCAGAGGCCAUUUCUCCUGACCUUGUCAAAAAGAUCCGCGAUCUCCACAGGAAAAUACUCACCCUCCCAGAGAUGAUGAGGGCGUUCUCUGAAAAUCUGGUGCAUCAUCUGGAAACAGAAUCAGGGGUCGUCACUCUGGACCCUCAGACCGCUAGCCGGAGCCUGGUCCUCUCCGAGGACAGGAAGUCUGUGAGGUACACCCGGCAGAAACAGAACCUGCCCGACAGCCCCCUGCGCUUCCAGGGUCUCCCGGUGGUGCUGGGGUCCCCCGGCUUCUCCUCGGGGCGCCAUCGCUGGCAGGUGGAGGUGCAGCUGGGGGACGGCGGCGGAUGCACGGUGGGGGUGGUCGGGGAGGAGGUGAGGAGGAAGGGGGAGCAGGGCCUGAGCGCCGAGGAGGGCGUCUGGGCGGUGGUCCUCUCCCACCAGCAGUGCUGGGCCAGCACCUCCCCGGGGACCGACCUGCCGCUGAGCGACAUCCCUCACCACGUGGGCGUCGCCCUGGACUACGAGGCGGGGCGCGUGGCCCUGCUGGACGCCGACACCCAGGCGCCCAUCUUCACCUUCACCGCCUCCUUCUCCGGCAAAGUCUUUCCCUUCUUCGCUGUCUGGAAAAAGGGUUCCUGCCUUACCUUAAAAGGCUGAAGCAGGCCUUCCGAUGGGCAGUGCGGCGCCCGGGGAUCCAGCGCCGACCCUUGGACGAUUCGUUAGGACAUGGGAUCUCCAAGUCCCUAUAGUUUUGUAAUUUUUUUCAUUUUAUUUAUCGUAUGUCUUUCAACUCUCAGAAGUCCCUGGUCACCCUGCUGACGCUCCUGCCUUCUGUGCAGUCCCUAGGGAAGAACCAGAGACAGGCAGGUUGCCACCAGGACACCAAAGUUGAGUAGUCAGUGGUUUUUUUUUUUUUGGUUUGGGGGGGGGCACUAAAAUAAAACUUUUUAAAGUUUCGAAAUAACUAUCAUGGGAAAAGCCAGAACUGUGUGGAGCUUGCAUUAAUGUAUCCAGUUGACUGGUUUUUUUUGGACAUACACAUGGAGAUGCUUUCGUCUCUCCGAUCUUAGUCUCUUCAUCCAGCCCCAAGUGGACCCAGGUCCCCUUUCUUUCUGGUCCUUUCUCUUGUAGAGUAUGUCCUAAUAAAGUGUGCAACCCACCCAGA